CUUUUGGGGAAGAGGGAAGGAAACCGAAGCGACUAAAAGCGAGAGAAAAGGCACAGAGAAGCUCACACACUCACACACAAAUCAACGCAUAUAUGGCGUCGUUUCUGCCGAGCACUCUUUCCAGUCCAUCUCUGCUAGCACAAUCAACAACACACGCUCCCCAAGUACAACCCAACAACGCCUAAAACCCUCACGUUCACUCUCGGUCUCGCUCAUCUUAUUCUUUUCUCUAUGGCAGUGGCAACGGCUACUUUCGUCCUUUUCUUCGUCUUCUUCACUGUGGCGUGCUUCAACGACGCCGUCUUGACCUGCGCCCAGACUCUAUCAGAGAUCCAAGCGCUGACGGCAUUCAAGGCCAGCGUGCAUGACCCGCUGGGCGCAUUGGACGGAUGGGAUGCGUCCACGCCGGCAGCGCCGUGUGACUGGCGCGGCAUUGUGUGUUACGAAAACCAUGUCCGCGAGCUCCGGUUGCCACGUCUUAAACUCGGCGGCCGACUCAGUGACCGACUCGGUGACUUACGGGAGCUGAGAAAGCUCAGCCUCCACACCAACGACCUCAACGGCUCUAUACCUUCCGCCCUCUCACAAUGCGCUCUCCUACGCGCUAUUUACCUUCACUACAACUCGCUCUCCGGCAAUCUCCCACCCUCCAUCUUCAACCUCACCAAUCUACAAAUCCUCAACGUCGCUCACAACUUUCUCUCCGGGAAGGUCCCGGACGACGUGUCGCGCGCGCAGAGCCUCAGGUAUCUGGAUUUAUCGUCGAACGGUUUCUCCGGCGAGAUGCCGUCAAACUUCUCUGUGAAGUCUCAGCUCCAGCUCAUCAACUUCUCGUACAACAGGUUUUCGGGUCAGGUUCCAGCGAGAAUCGGAGAGCUUCAGGAGCUUGAGUAUCUCUGGCUGGACUCGAACCAGCUGUACGGCACUCUUCCCUCGGCUAUCGCAAACUGUUCCUCGCUCGUACAACUCAGCGCCGAAGACAAUGAGCUAAGAGGUCUCAUCCCGGCGACCAUUGGAGCGAUUCCGAAGCUUCAGGUGCUGUCGUUGUCCCACAACGAUCUCUCCGGUUCGGUCCCCACAUCUCUGCUCUGCAGUAAUAUGGUUACGAUUGUUCAGCUUGGGUUUAAUGCGAUCACGGGCAUGGUUAAGCCGCCAAGCGGAAAAUGUUUCAGCAUUUUGGAGGUUUUCGACCUUAAAGAGAAUCACGUACAUGGUGUGUUUCCGACGUGGUUGACCAACGUGACUACGCUGAGGGUUAUGGAUCUUUCUGGAAACUUCUUUUCGGGUAAAUUACCGGUUGAGAUUGGUGGUCUUUUGAGGUUAGAAGAGCUCAGAACGGCGAAUAAUUCACUCAUUGGUCGGAUUCCUGGUGAGAUUGUGAAAUGUAGUUCGUUACGGGUACUUGAUCUUGAAGGGAACCGGUUUUCCGGUUCGGUUCCUGGGUUUUUGGACCGACUGAGUAGCUUGAAGGUGUUAUCUCUGGGUAGAAAUCUGUUCUCCGGUUCGAUUCCGGUGGAGCUUGGAAGGCUCUCCGAGCUCGAAAUAUUGAACUUGAGCAACAAUAUUCUCACCGGCAAUGUACCGGAAGAGAUAAUGCAUCUGAGCAACUUGAGUGCUUUGAAUCUCAGUAAUAACAGAUUCUCCGGUGGAGUUUUGUUCAAUAUCGGGAAUUCAAGCAACUUGCAUGUUCUGAACCUGAGUCGUUGUGGGUUUUCAGGGAGUGUUCCGGCGAGCAUUGGGAGUUUGAUGAAGUUGACAGUUCUUGAUUUGAGUAAGCAAAAGCUAUCUGGGGAGUUGCCGAUUGAGCUUUUUGGAUUACCAAGCCUGCAAGUCGUUGCUCUAGAAGAUAACCACUUAUCUGGGAAUGUUCCAGAAGGUUUCAGCAGCUUGGUUAGUCUACAAUAUCUGAACCUCACCUCCAAUGCCUUCACUGGUGAGAUUCCUGCAACCUAUGGAUUUCUUCAGUCCUUAGUUAUUCUCUCCGCAUCGCACAAUGGUAUUUCCGGUAGAGUCCCGGCAGAACUUGCUAAUUGUUCUGAUCUUGAAAUCCUUGAUUUUCGGUCUAAUCGUUUGGAGGGACAAAUCCCAGGUGAUUUUUCUCGUCUAUCUCGUUUGAAGGAGCUUGAUUUGGGUGAGAAUAGAUUAACAGGGGAAAUCCCAGAUGAGCUCUCCAAAUGCUCGUCUUUGACUUCUCUGUUAUUGGAUGCAAAUCACCUUUCAGGUCACAUACCAGACCCAUUGUCAAAAUUAUCAAACCUGACAAAAUUAAAUCUUUCCUCAAACACCUUGAGCGGAGCCAUUCCCGCAGAUCUUUCACGAAUUUCUGGUUUGAGAUACUUGAAUUUGUCUAGUAAUGACCUUGAAGGCGAAAUCCCAGAAAUGGUGGGUUCUCAGUUCAAUGAUCCUUCCUUGUUUGCGAUGAAUAGGAAACUAUGUGGAAAGCCCUUGAUGAGAGAAUGCGCAAAUGUAAGGAGGAGAAAGAGGAAGAGGCUGAUUCUAUUCAUUUGCGUGGCUGUAGCUGGAGCAUGCCUUUUGACAUUAUGCUGUUGCGGCUAUAUAUACAGCCUCUUGCGUUGGCGCAAGAAGCUUCGAGAAGCGGCAUCUGGGGAGAAGAAGCGGAGCCCCGCAAGCUCAGGAGCGGAAAGGGGUAGUCGUGGAAGUGGGGAAAACGGAGGAGGACCAAAACUUGUCAUGUUCAAUAACAAGAUAACAGUCGCAGAGACAUUGGAAGCAACAAGACAAUUUGACGAGGAAAAUGUCCUGAGCAGGGGAAGAUACGGCCUUCUAUUCAAGGCAUUGUUCCAAGAUGGAAUGGUGCUAGCAAUACGUCGCCUUCCCGACGGCUCCAUCGCCGAAAACACUUUCCGGAAAGAAGCAGAGUUGCUCGGCAAAGUCAAGCACAGGAACCUAACUGUUCUACGCGGCUAUUACGCAGGUCCGCCGGACGUGAGGCUCCUUGUAUACGACUACAUGCCUAAUGGGAACCUUGGGACGCUUCUCCAAGAGGCGUCGUCUCACCAAGAAGGGCACGUGCUCAACUGGCCAAUGCGCCACCUCAUUGCACUUGGCAUUGCUCGCGGGCUAGCUUUCUUGCACUCGGUCUCAAUCGUCCACGGCGAUGUGAAGCCGCAAAACGUCCUCUUCGAUGCUGAUUUCGAAGCCCAUUUGUCGGAAUUCGGGCUAGACCGGCUAACCAUAGCAACUCCGGCGGAAGCAUCCUCCUCGUCCACCCCAAUCGGCUCCUUGGGGUAUGUAUCACCGGAAGCGGCGUUAACCGGGCAACCCACAAGAGAAGCGGACGUGUAUAGCUUUGGCAUCGUGUUGCUAGAGAUAUUAACCGGUAGAAAACCGGUUAUGUUCACACAAGAUGAAGACAUCGUGAAGUGGGUGAAAAGGCAAUUACAAAGGGGACAAAUCUCGGAACUACUUGAACCCGGUUUGCUCGAGCUUGACCCGGAGUCGUCUGAGUGGGAAGAGUUCCUGUUGGGAGUGAAAGUGGCAUUGCUUUGCACAGCACCUGACCCACUUGAUAGACCAUCAAUGGCCGACAUUGUUUUCAUGCUUGAAGGCUGCCGGGUCGGACCCGAAAUUCCUUCCUCAGCUGAUCCCACCUCGCUGCCCUCACCAGUUUGAGAA